AUGGGUUUGUUCCAUUGUGUCAGGGGGUUACGAGGGAGUGCAAACCUGGUAGCUGAAAGACUAGUAGAUGAAGCAGGAAAGUUUCUUGGAACACUGACUAAAGAAAUUGCACUUCCUGAAACAGGACUAUUCGCAAAGCCUAUCAGUUGUAUUUUGGACUACAAGAGGGAGCGAAGCUAA